AUGCCAAAGCGCUGGUCGCUUGCCGCCGGAAGCUCGCCGAACACCGACAAGGCCAACCAAGGGCUUUCGCUUAUACUGACGGUCAUCGUCAGCUUGACUCCUUCGGCAUCUCCCAACAGCCAGGAAGUCGUAGCCCCGGGCACAGGCACGGGAUGCCUCCCUCCCCACGAAGAAAUCAUCGAAGCCUGCCAGAAAUUCACCAAUUGCUAUUUCCAGGUGGGUUUCUUGCCCAAGCUGCUGUUUAUGGAGCGGCUGGAAAAAGAUGCCACCUGCAUCAACCAAUUUCUGUUAUUGUGCAUCCUGGGCGUGUCGGCCAGAUUCACCCCCAGCCUUCUCCGGCGGUACGGGGGGCCGGCCAAGGCUACCAGGUUCUUCGUCGCACAGGCUGAGAAGAUGGUUCCGACCGAGAUAUACAAGCCUACGCUCGACACGCUGCAGGGAUUUAUUCUGCUAGGAUCUGCAGAGUGGGCCUGUGAGGACCGCGAUAGAAGUCUGAUCCACCUCGGCGUCGCUUCUACCAUGGCGGGGAUGCUUCGGCUCCAUCGCGAAGAAACGUAUCGACUUCCAGACGAUGCAAAGCCUGAGGAUGUCAUCAAUGCCGAAAUGGCUCGACGAACCCUCUGGGUGAUGGGCAUGCAAAGCAACUUGUUCUCCGGCAACAAAUCUCCCGUCCCAUUUUCUCUCCAGGACAUGACGGCCCUGUUGCCGUGCGAAGAGAACGAGUUUGCCUUUGGUCUGACUCCGGCCGCCCGCGCCGCCCUUCCCGGCUCGCAGGCGGCCAUUGAUCAUCCGGAACUGGUCAACUGCCCGACCCGAUCUCUUUUUGCCAGCUUGAUCCAGGCACAUAGUCUCUGGGGCCGGGUCGCGCGACGGGCCUGCCUCGACGAACCCAAACUCAAGUGCGGUACCAUCAGCCUCUGGGACGGCACGAGCGAAUAUUCUCAGCUCCUGACCGCGCUCAACCAGUGGGAGGCCAAUCUUCCCGCGGGACACAAAUGGUCUGAGUGGUACCUGCGAAUGUAUCAAAGGGAAAACCUGGAUCUGGCAUACGUGUCGAUCUUCAUGGCCCUGCGCCUCAGCAACAUUGUCCUCCGGCGUACCCAUCUCGAGAGCAUCAAGGCCGCCAUGCUCAGUGCCGACGGGACCGGGCCACCUAUUUUCUGGGAGAACGUGUCACAGGAACUCUUCACUAAUGUCCUCUCACUCUGGGCCGUGAUCAAGGCAUAUCUCUCCAAUCGACCGGCCGCUCAAGGGUUUCCCCCCUUGUUGGCCUUCAGCGUCUACCUGUGCGGCUCGUCGGCCACGCAUCUGUGGAAGUGUCCUCCGCUGUGUCCCCGACUGGCUCUCGAAGCCGAAAGCGUCGUCCACUGGUCUCUGAGAAUCCUGGUCGAGCUCGAGGUGGCCUGGCCCAUGGCUACCCGCUGGCACCAAGCACUGCAAAGGACGGCAGCGGGACUGGCCCCUCUUGAUAUUCCUGGAGAGGUGGCAUUACCAAAGGCUCCCAGGAGCGGGUUUCCCGCAGUUGUGUUUGACAAACAGAAUUGGGAAUUUGGGUUGACUUCGAACAUCGAUGGCUCCGCCUUGGCCCCUGCUGCAGGGUCUGGGUCGGUGGUGAGCAAAACGACACAUGCUCAUGCUCAUGCUCCCGUUCCAAUGUCAACAGGAGGAGAAGAGGAGGCCUUGCCUACGAUAUUUCAUCAGUCUCAGUCUCGAGCCCAUCGUGACAACAACAACAACAACAACAGCAGCAGCAAUCCGUCCGAUCUAUCUGGAGGUGGAGGCACGUUUUCUCUGAUGCAGCCAGACUAUGGUGCUCCUGCUCCCUUUGAGGAUUUCCAGGCAGAGCUUGCUUCAUACUUCCAAGGCGACGUUCAGCGGGGGAUCCCGGUGGAUUGGAACAUUUACAAGAAUUGA